UUUGUUCUCCUUUAAGACGACUUGAACCUGUCCAUAUGUGGAUCAAAUGUCACGUAUAUCAGACUCGUUUCUUUUCAGACAGUUAAGCGGAACAAAUGGGUAUUCUAAAUCAGAAAAAAACUGCCUGCGAACUAAAAAAGCUUGAGGAACCUCCAGGGAUAGGAAUAUAUUGCAAUGUAACAUGGGAUAAUGUCAUGUGCUGGGAUUAUACUCCAGCAGGGACAGUUUUAAAACAGCAAUGUCCAGAUUACAUAAUUGGUCUAAACAGUGCGGGAUACGUGACACGUGAGUGUCUGAGUAAUGGUUCAUGGAAAUCAAAUACUGAGUUCAAUAACACAGAAGGAUGGUCAAACUACACCGGGUGCAUGGGAGGUCCAAAACCACAAAUUCAGAAGGAUUAUUCACAUCAUCUAGGUCGGAUACAACUGAUGUCGGAGAUUGGGUACGGAGUGUCCUUGGCCUCCCUUAUUGUUGCUGUUACGAUAAUGGUGGCUUCUAAGAGGCUACAUUGCAAGAGCAACGUUCUUCAUAUAAACCUGUUUGUUGCUUUCAUACUCCGAGCGUCUGUAUCUUUUAUCAAGACAUUGGUGUUUGUUGACGAUGUUGGAUUAGAAAAAGACAUUAAGCGGCAUCCUGGAGGGUAUAUAGAAUUUAAAAAGGAGGGAAUGCAUUGGGAGUGCAAAUUAAUAGUAUGUAUAUUUGUAUACACUGUGGCUGCAAGUAUGAUGUGGAUAUUAAUGGAGGGAAUGUACUUACAGAUGCUUGUAUAUAAAACAUUGUUCACUGAGAGAAACGGAACAAGAAUAUACGUUCUAGUGGGAUGGUUAUCACCAUUUGCAUACCUGAUACCUUGGAUUAUUGUUCGAAUUUACGAGGAAAACGAGUUAUGUUGGAAUCAACACCGUACUGAUGGAUAUUUCUGGAUUAUAAAAGCACCCAUCCAGUUAUCAGUUCUGAUAAAUUUCAUAUGUUUCAUCAACAUUGUGCGGGUAUUGUGUGUAAGAGCAAAGAUAAGUCGACAUGUAAAAAGUGAUUCUCAACAUUUAAGAAAGACAGCAAAGUUUGUUCUAGUGCUCAUUCCACUGUUUGGCGUUAUCUACAUAGCUUUCUCUGCUUAUCCAUCGGGCACUGUAAGCAUGGAAGCCGAUAUGAUAUACCUAUACUGUGAAAUGUUUUACAAUUCAUUUCAAGGUUUUGUUUUAGCCUUGCUGUUUUGCUUCCUGAACGAAGAGGUUCACAAUGAGAUCAGACGCUUUUGGUACAGACGUAGGUUCAAUAGAUUUCACACGCGUUCCAUUAACCUCUCGUCAUGGCGGAAAGCCUCAAGGACAUCACGGGACACCUUAUCAAGAGAUACGCGUUUGAAUGAGGGCGCGAUGCUCACUCAUGGAAACUGUGUUGAUACAUGUAAGUUAAACAAAAAAUGCCAAGAGCAUGUGUCGUGGUCCAGGAAAAGUAGAGAAAAGAGAAACGGAAAGAAUGUUCCGGCGUGGCAAAAUGAGGACAUAGACGGCAUUAUGACAGAAACAAAAACGUUAGAUUCUGGUGCUGAAGAUGUUUGAAUCGGUUUACACAACAAGUGACAACACGGAUAUUGUAAACAAAAUAGGAUGUACAUUUACUUUUGAAAUGCUAAUAAUUGACAUUUAAAGAAGAUCUAACAUUUGAAGAAACAGCUUUAUCACAUGACGUCGCUUGUUUUUUUAUUAUGUAAUACAGCCAUUACGUGGUUCUUUAUAUUACACACGUGUAAUAUUACAUCGUUAUGGCGAGGUUUUAUUGCCUCUACGUUUCAUUAGAAAUACAACGCACAAAUGUGCACGUAAAAGGGCAAAGUAAUAUUAUUUUAAUUAAUUUAAAUGUGAUUAGUCACUUGAUCAUAAUAUGUCAUAUGAUAUUAAAUCUUAUCAAACUCGUUCUAGACAAUUGUAUAAAGCUUUUCAGAGUUUCAAUACAACAAAAGAUUAUUUGACACUCUUGUGAUAUCCUAUAUCUGAAUUUAUUGUAGUUAAAAUAUUAGCAUUCUAUUUGCUUAUAUUUCAAUUUUAGGUGUUUUGUCUAUUGAAGUCAAUCCUUACUCAAGGAAUCAUAUCAAAAAGAUUGAAAACAUGUGUUUAUGUUUAUACUAUAGGAUAGAUUAUUUCCACCCAUCUGAUCAUGGUCUCUACUUUUCUCUGUUUUAUCAAUACUUAUUAAAAUAUUUCCCCUUUUAAAAUUAAGGUUAAAACGUUAUUACUAUCGUCAUUCACGAGUCUAGCAGAUUGGUCUGACACAAGUUAUACUAUCUGGUUUUCAAAUUAAGCGAUAUCAUUAAUUUAUAUGUUUUGUUUAUCUUGUAUACCAAGUCUAAA